CCACCGCCUCGCUUCACCACCCUUGGACACCACCCUUGGACACCACCCUUGGACACCACCCUUGGACACCACCCUUGGACACCACCCUUGGACACCACCCUUGGACACCACCCUUGGACACCACCCUUGGACACCACCCUUGGACACCACCCUUGGACACCACCCUUGGACACCACCCUUGGACACCACCCUUGGACACCACCCUUGGACACCACCCUUGGACACCACCCUUGGACACCACCCUUGGACACCACCCUUGGACACCACCCUUGGACACCACCCUUGGACACCACCCUUGGACACCAC